GCGACGCCAUCUUAAUAGAAAUAUUCCUUAACCGUAAUCAUACAUGAAUCAUCUGCGUACUUUAUUUUUCUUUAGUUUUUCAGUAAGGAGCCAAUACAUGUAGUUUAUAAAACAAAAUUUGUUUUGUUUGUGUGUGUGAAUGUCUUCUGAGUGAAUGGUACAGUGACUAGGUCUUAGUCCAGGGUUACUGUUGCGUAUACUUGUCGUCUGUCUGUUUUUGACUGAAUACUUAAGUCUUUAAAAAGAAAUAAAAUAUGGCUACGAUGACAGAACAAGUGUCUAAGCUUUUGGAUUUUUCCCAAAAACUGGAUAUUACACUUUUAGAAAACAUUGUGGGAUGUAUGUAUACGGGUACUGGUGAUCAGCAACGAGCUGCCCAAGAAGUAUUAACCACUUUGAAGGAGCAUCCUGAUGCAUGGACAAGAGUAGAUACUAUACUCGAAUUUUCAAAUAAUCAACAAACAAAAUACUUUGCUUUACAAAUAUUGGAACAAUUGAUUAAGACAAGAUGGAAAGUAUUACCUAGAAAUCAAUGUGAAGGUAUUAAGAAGUAUAUUGUUGCACUUAUCAUAAAAACUUCUUCAGAUCCUGUGACAAUGGAAAGAGAAAAAACUUAUUUAAACAAAUUAAAUAUUAUCCUUGUACAGGUAUUGAAACGUGAGUGGCCAAAAAAUUGGGAAUCAUUUGUUGGUGAAAUUGUAGGAGCUAGUAGAACUAAUGAAAGUUUAUGUCAGAAUAACAUGGUUAUAUUAAAGUUGCUUAGUGAAGAAGUGUUUGAUUUUUCUGCUGGAAAUAUGACUCAAAUGAAAGCUAAACACUUGAAAGAUACUAUGUGUUCAGAAUUUGCACAGAUUUUUGAACUUUGUCAAUUCGUUCUAGGAUCUUCCCAAAAUGUGGCUUUAGUAAAUGCAACAUUAGAUACUCUUCUUAGAUUCCUUAAUUGGAUACCACUUGGUUAUAUAUUUGAAACUGAUUUGAUUGAUACAUUGAUUUUUAAAUUCUUCAAUGUGCCUAUGUUUCGUAAUAUCACAUUGCAAUGUUUAACCGAGGUUGCUGCAGUAACUGUACCGAAUUAUGAUGCUGCAUUUGCUGGUCUUUUCUCCAAAACUAUGGCACAACUUGUUCAGAUGUUACCCAUACACACAAAUAUUAAAGAAGCUUAUGCGUCGGGCCAAGACCAAGAACAGAAUUUUAUUCAAAAUUUGGCAUUAUUUUUGUGUACAUUUCUCAAAGAGCAUGCUCUUUUAGUAGAAAAAAAUGGUUCUAAUGAAGAUUUAUUAAAAGCACUUCAUUAUUUGGUUAUGAUUUCGGAAGUUGAAGAAAUCGAAAUAUUUAAGAUUUGUUUAGAAUAUUGGAAUAGUUUGGCUGCUAGUUUGUACAGAGAAAAUCCAUUUGGACAACUACAAAUAGUUGGCCUUUUCUCACUUUCUCCAUCUAGCAGACCAGAUGGUAACACCAUUUCACCUAGACGUCAAUUUUAUGCACCAGUUAUAUCUCAAAUGCGGUAUAUAAUGAUAAGUCGUAUGGCUAAGCCAGAAGAAGUGUUAGUAGUAGAAAAUGAAAAUGGAGAAGUAGUUCGAGAGUUUAUGAAAGACACAGAUGCUAUUAGUUUGUACAAAAGUAUGAGAGAAACACUUGUAUAUUUAACUCAUUUGGAUUGUGUAGAUACUGAACGAAUUAUGACUGAAAAAUUACAUAAUCAAGUCAAUGGAAAUGAGUGGUCGUGGAAAAAUUUAAAUACUCUAUGUUGGGCAAUUGGUAGUAUUUCUGGAGCGAUGCACGAAGAAGAUGAAAAAAGAUUUUUAGUCACAGCUAUUAAAGAUUUAUUAGGACUAUGUGAACAAAAAAAAGGCAAAGACAAUAAGGCAAUUAUUGCUUCAAACAUUAUGUAUGUGGUUGGACAGUAUCCAAGAUUUUUACGAGCUCAUUGGAAAUUUUUGAAAACUGUUGUUAACAAAUUAUUUGAAUUCAUGCAUGGUAAGCAAUUAAUUUAAUA